GUAAACAAUGUUCACCUGUUGUUAACAGUUGAGCGUUGCCAGAUGUACCACGCACGCCGCACAGCUGUGCACAUGAGUUGCCCAAAAGUUGCAGUAUGCCAACUUGUGGGCAACGCUGCGUUUUGUAUGAUAAAUAUUGAUUUGUUUUACUUGUGUGUGUACUUCUUAUUUUAAAAUGUAACUAAAAAACAGAUAAUACUCAGAUUAACUAUAAAAUAUAAGUUAUCAAAUUAAUUUACAGUGCCGAGCACAAGUUGACAUGGAAUAUUCUCAAAAAAUCAAAGCGCGCUUCUAAUUGGCUACAGACAAAUAUUCGUAAAAAUUAUCGUUUAGACAAAUAUUACAACAAAAUAAAGUGACACAAACUUUAAUCAGCAGAGACGCUGGUCUUGGCACAACAACGCGAGACAUAUGCAUACGAUGUCGUAAUGGAUUCACCGCUAUAUCCCAAGGUCAACAACAAUCUGAGCGCCAAGGUCUCGCCGAGUGGCGACAAGAUGAGCUCCAGCAUGAAUAGCAGCAGCUUGGAGGAUACAACUCCUAGUGAUUCGGGCGUACAAAUGCUGGAUUCGGAGAAUAGCGAUUUUAUGCUCGAGUCGCUGUGCUCCCAGUCGGGUCUGGAGUUCGAGGAGCCGGUGAAGCCAAUACCAGCUGUCAGUCAACAGCAGCAGGCGAAGCUGCCUGUGGACAACAAUUCGAAUGUGGCCGCGGAGGAGACCAUGACUAGCAGCGCUUGUUCGACCUUUGACACUACUGAAAAGAUCGUAUACAGGCGCAAGGUGCACAAAACUUCAUCCACCCCAAAGGCGCCAAAAAAGCGCGUAUCAUUUCACGAGGAUAUUCUUAAGAACACACGCACCGACAACAUACACAUAGAGCAUGGCUUUAUCACAUACAAAAAUGGACGCAAAUUGGCCGUGGUGGGCGGCAAUUCAGCGGGCGUGGCCGGUGCCGCCGGCCGCUAUUCUUGGUGCGCAGAACGGGAGCGCGUUCAGGCGCCCACCGAGCUCAGCACAGCUGGACGCGAUGCCGAACAGGUGGUUGGCGACAGAGCGAUAGGCCAGAAUCGUCGACUGGUCUAUCGCAAUGCCUGCUCGGAUGUGCUAGACUAUGGAAACACGGAUAUCUAUGAUACCAAUGAGCCAGUGGGUCUGCAAUAUGACAAUUCCGGCGUGUUUGAGUAUGCGGCCACAUCAGAAGCGAAGCAACGGGAUGAGCGAUUGCUUUAUCGAUGCGCCUGCAGCAGCUCCAAUUCGAGCCUGGACUCUGAUGAGCAGGACAAGAACUCCAAUGGCAAGAAUUCCAAUGACAAUCGCAAACACUAUGAGCAGGCCAAGAGCAGCUCCUGCGAUUGCAUUGGCAUGAGCAAUGCCAACAAUAAUUUGAUUGGCGACAAUUGUUACUUCUCGGAGCCCAAUAUUGGGGAUGCCGGCAGCCCCAAUCAGAAAUCCGUGUGGAACAAGGAGAAGAAGCCCAAGUCCAGCUGUCUGAAGAAAACCAAACGCCACACCAACAUUAUACACGAGCAGGAUCUCAAUGAUCGCGUCAAGAAGUUCAAUGUGCACGACAUAAAGCAUCAGUUGCUGGACAAUAGCAGCAAAAUGAUAUUCGGCUCGCUGAAGAGCAUCUUUACCAUGCCACUGCCCGAGCGUGGUGUGCCCGAGGGCUCCGAGGAUCUGCAAUCGGUGGUGGAGUGCGUGCCGGAGCUGGAGCAAACGCCCGAGCACAAGUCCAAGUCAUAUGCGCCAACAUGCCAGUCGCCCGACUCGCCGCUGCUCAAGGCCAAACCCUUUCUCAGCAAGAGUCUAGAUGGUAAUAAACAGACGCAGUGCACCAAGAAAUUUGUGCACAACGUGGACGAGCAGCUGCGUCGCAAAAAUGAUGAGCAAAAUAGCGCCGCGGAGCCAUCACCCCCAGAGCAGCCACAUACGCUGCGACGUCAAGAUGAAUUCGAUAAGGAAACAGCCGCCGUGGCACCGAAUGUCACCAGCACACAGAGCGAGUUCCGCAGCAAGUUCAUUAUCAAUUGUGAAAGCACCGUUUUUGAGCAUACGGGCGUCUCCUACGAAACCAGCGGGCCGCAGCAGUCAGAGCUGCAGUUCGCCAUGUCGGCCAAACAGCACAGCAGCGUGGCCAGCCUAUUGGAGCGGAACACCCCCAUUGCCCAGCCAGCGAGUCAGCUGCGCAGCUCAUUUAUGGGCGCACCCAUAGCCAAGACGUUUAGCAACUUCUUUCGCAGUCUUAAGGAGAGCUCAGGCAGUGCGUCAGCUGACAAGGAGCACGAGCAGAAGCAGCAGCAACUUCAACAGCAACAGGCAGCAACUGAAAGUUAUUUUGCUUCCAAAAUUUCCAAGACGCCGCAGCAGUCGCAGCCGCACCCCCAGCAACCGUUACCCAACAAGCUGCCCAGCACCCACUCGUCAUCAACCAUAUCCGAGCUUAGCUCCAUUAGCAACAAUACGAACAGCAACUCUGCGUCCUAUAAUAAGUCGCAGACUCCAAACAAUGUGCACGGUUUGGUGCUGGGUAGCUUGGAGCGACAAUCGCGUCAUCUGCCAUCGCCGCUGAAGAAGCGCUGCGGACAGCCGCCACGCUAUGGCGAGCCGCAGCAGCAGCAGCUGACCAGUCGCAGUCUGCACAGUCCGAGCAGCUAUUUGGGCGCACGGGGCGCCGGCGGGAGCGGACGUGAUUCGAAGAGCACCAUAAUCAGCGAGGAGUUUGAUGAUAUUCUGACUAUAACCACCACCACGGAUACAGCCAAUGAGCGUCCUUCCACGGAGAGCGAUCUUGUAAUUGUGGACUACACCGACGUGGACUAUGCACAGCUAUUGAAACCGCCAGUGCCGGCGGCCAAAACGUCGCUGAUCAAUCGCUUUCUGCGCAAUGUGACACAGAAGAAAAUACUAGAAUCCUCCAUUAAAAAAAAUGAUUUCUUUGCGGAUAAACUACGCGGCGAUAACAAGCAAUUGGCCUCGAAUCUCUAUUUGCGCGGCGUGCGGCCCAAGAAUUACGAGCUGAUCGACGAUCUGAAUGCCGAGAUUGCCAUGGAGAUUGAGAUGUCUGGAGCCAAUUCGCCGCGACGCGAAUUGGCCGUGGGUCUGGAUCUCGAUUUGCCGGGAGAUGUCGCCCGUUUCGAACUGGGCGUCGGGGAAAUAUCCAUUGAUAUAUUCAGUGGCAAACAUUUGCCCAUGCUGCGAGAGCCCAAUGAGCAGUUGCUAAAGGUCUUCAAGCUGUACACUGGCUACAGUCGCGAGGGCUUCAUGACACCGGUGCUGGUGUUGCUUACGGAUAAAACGCUCUACGUGACAGAUCUGGUACGCAAUUGCUUGUGCGCAAAAUUUGUUCUGGCCUACAAGGAUUUGGAUGUCAUAUUGAUGGGUCCCUUUGGGAACACGGUGCUGCUAAGCAACAGCAUGCGGGACAUGCAGCAGGUGCUGCUCGCCGGCGGACCUUAUCCAGCAGAUGCACUCGUUGCCAAUCUGGAGCUAUGUGCUCGUCGCAGCGGCUCAACGCUGCCCGCCGUGGGUCAACUGACACUGGAGCAUCUGGCGCCGUUGCAGAACUUUGUGCGUGCAAACAGUUGCGUGGGCAAGGAUGAGCACUGGAUGUUCUAUGCGGUGGUCAAUAUGCCGGCUGGCGGUGCUCUGGGCAUGGGCCUAGAUGGCGAACAGGAGCCGCUGGGGCCGCACAUCAAGGGUUUUCUCAUGCACCGACGGGUGCGAGAAACAGCCACAGCAACCGCCGCUUCCAAGAUCAGCUGGCAGCCGGGCUACUUUCUGUUAAAAGCGGGCGUGCUCUACAUGUUCCAUGAUUCCACGCAAAAGCUGCCCAGCUGGGCCAUGGCGCUGGCCGAGUGUCAGGGCGCCAGGCGUGCUAUCAAAUCUGCGCGACCUCAUUGCUUUGAGAUCAUGCUCAAGGGCGAGCUUUUGCAAAUGGCAGCCCCGGAUGAGUAUGUUGCUUCCGAGUGGCUGCAGGCGCUGCUCCAGUCAGCCAGUGGUCUGUUCGAGCUGCAGGAGCGGCACAAGGCUCUGGGUUGCACUCUGAUAGUCACCCAGAACCAUUUGAUAACGCUGCGUGAGGACUUUGCUGCGCCCCUGCGACAACUGAACAAGGAGCCGGAUUCACCGCCAGCCGCUGCCGAGAACAAGCAGCUGCUGCGCGAGGAGGAUAUGUUGUGCAUCUUCGAAACCAGCAGCUUGCUAAGCUCUACCAUGAGCUCGCCCACACGUGGCACACAACGCUCCUGUUCCUCACUCAACUCCACCCCCACAAAGCACCCGCUGGAUGCGUCCAAAGCUCUACCAAAAACUGUGUCAGGACAAGCGCAAAGCAUGAGCAGCGUUUAUGGCAAAAAUUCGGGACUGGAGAUACUAACCUGUGCGGAUAUUAAAGCAAUGACUGGCAUUAAAAUACCCUCACAUAGUGAGACCUGGUGGUGCAUAUUGGAAUUCUCCUGCCAGGAGGCGCCACUGGAAUGUCAAGAUGAUUUGAUUCUAUUCUUUGCGAGCAGCAUGGAAAUGCAGCGCUUGUUGCGGCUGCUCGAGCAGCUUUGGCAGUCCAAAAAUAACGAUCUCUUCCCUAUAACCAUACUGGACGAUGAUGAAACGCUCGCCGAGCAGUGCACAGGACUCUAUUUGGACAUAAAUCGCGCCUGGGAGCCGCUGCUCUCGGCUGCACUCGGCUAUCCUCUCUAAAUCGCGCAACUAUACAAAUAUAAUCGAUGCAGAUCUAUUAUAUAAAAUAUUUAAUAAUUUUGCUAGAUCUGAGCAAGUAAAACUCAAUGCUUAAUAUUCUAAUACUCGAGCUGAUAUAAGAAAACCACAGACAUGCUUGCUGCAACAUAUACUUAUAUAUCUCUGUCAAUAUUUAUAUAUACACAAACGAUAUUCAUAUACCUUGUAUUAUGAUUUGUAACGUGAACAUUCGCUUAAACAAUUCAAUUAUUUGCGCUGUUAUAUUCGAUAUAUUUAAUAUUUUGUGUGAUAUUAACUUUUAAGUUGGCAAUUGACACGUUUAUUUCGGGUUUACAAAGUUUUCCGUAUUAUACCUUAAUGUUGUUAAUAUUUUGUAUUGGUUUUUUUUUAAAUACAACAAACACCGUGUAGAAAUAUGCAC